AAGGACGCGCCUGGCGUGGCGUGCCCGGCGUGCGCAGUUGCGUUUCGGUGCCUGGGUCCCAGCUCCUGAGCUGAGGGAGAGGCGUGUAGUGCUGUUGGCCGCGAUGUUACAGGCGGUCGGAGCCGCGGAAGAGGAAGAGGAGCAGACGGAGGAGGACUGUCCUGAGUUGGUCCCCAUUGAGACGAAGCCAAGAGAGGAGGAGGAAAAAUCUGGCCUCGGCGCUAAGAUCCCAGUCACAAUUAUCACCGGGUAUUUAGGUGCUGGGAAGACAACACUUCUGAACUAUAUUCUGACAGAGCAACAUAGUAAAAGAGUAGCAGUUAUUUUAAACGAAUUUGGGGAAGGAAGUGCAGUGGAGAAAUCCUUAGCUGUCAGCCAAGGUGGAGAGCUCUACGAAGAAUGGCUGGAACUUAGAAACGGUUGCCUCUGCUGUUCAGUAAAGGACAAUGGCCUUAGAGCUAUUGAGAAUUUGAUGCAGAAGAAGGGGAAAUUUGAUUACAUACUAUUAGAGACCACUGGGUUAGCAGAUCCUGGUGCUGUAGCUUCUAUGUUUUGGGUUGAUGCUGAAUUAGGAGUUGAUAUUUAUCUUGAUGGUAUCAUCACUGUUGUGGAUUCAAAAUAUGGGUUAAAACAUUUAGCAGAAGAAAAACCUGAUGGCCUUAUCAAUGAAGCUUCUAGGCAAGUUGCUUUGGCAGAUAUCAUCAUCAUCAAUAAAACAGACUUGGUGUCAGAAGAGGAUUUAAACAAAUUAAGAACAACCAUUAGAUUAAUAAAUGGACUGGGAAAAAUUUUAGAAACACAAAGAUCAAGAGUUGAUCUCUCUAAUGUAUUAGAUCUGCAUGCCUUUGACAGUCUCUCUGGAGUAAGUUUGCAGAAAAAACUUCAACAUUUGCCAACAGCACAACCUCACCUUGAUCAGAGUGUUGUCACAGUCACAUUUGAAGUGCCAGGAAAUGCAAAGGAAGAAAGUCUGAAUGUAUUUAUUCAGAAUCUUCUGUGGGAAAAGAAUGUGAGAAACAAGGAUGAUGCCUGCAUGGAAGUCAUACGACUAAAGGGGCUGGUGUCAAUCAAAGACAGACCACAACAAGUGAUUGUCCAAGGUGUCCAUGAGCUCUAUGAUCUGGAGGAGACUCCAGUGAGCUGGAGAGAUGACACUGAGAGAACAAAUCGAUUGGUUCUUAUUGGCAGGAAUUUAGAUGAGGAUAUCCUUAAACAACUAUUUAUAGCUACUGUGACAGAAACAGAAAAGCGGUGGACAGCACAUUUCAAAGAAGAUCAAGUUUGUCCAUAACACUGCAAGCAUUUCUUAUCAAAAGAUCGGAUGAUAAAAUUGGCAAUAAGUGUCUCUUACUGGCUACAUUUCAAGCAUCUUUUUUGGCAUUACUUCUGUUAUAAAUUGCAAUGUACUAAUGUACUUUAAAAUAGUAUUUAUUUUAUAUAAUACAUAAGAUAUAGUAAAUCAGUACUGUAAAACAUUUGAUAUUCAUUCAAUAAAAUAUAAUGUCCUUAAAGUGUUUUUUUUGGAGAUAGAUAUUUCACAAAAAUGUCUUUUAGAAUUGGCUUUAGAGUUUGCAUAGGCUGAAUUUCUCACCCAGGAAGGUUAUUUAAUAAUAAUGAUAAAACUUCAACCUUGUCAUUUGCCCUUAGAACUUCAGCUCAUUGCAUACAUAUCAUAAUUUUAUUAUUAUUAAGAAUUUUACAAAACAAAUAAUGUCACUAUUUUUAUCAAAUGAAAUAAGAGGUUUGUUGUGGCUAGAAGCUUAUAAGUGGAAGAAAUCCGAGUCAAAGAAAUUAAAUGAAACCAUCUCUUAGUCACUUCUAAGCCUUGCUGGUAGUCACUGUAUUGAAACUUCAGCCAUUCACUUUUUGUUUAGAAGAUUCCAGUUUUAGAGCUCUUAAUUUUAAAUUCAUCUUGGUUUUUUUGAACAAUUUUAAUGUUCAGUGUAAGCUCAAAAGUAACCAGGUACAAAACUUCAGGUAUAACUACAAUUAACUUUUGAUAAUUUAACAAUCUUUAUAUAAAUGGUUGGUGUGUGAAUAUACAAUGGCUUACUUUUCUCCCUUUUCUGCUAAAGGCCAGGUGAGCAUAACUGUAUUCAAAUUGUAAGAGAAAGGCGUUAGAUGGAAUUUAAGGAAGAGCUUUCCUAAAAUAAUGGUUGUUAAAUAUCAGAAGGCUAUGAAAAUGGCUUUUGGAAUUUUGUUUCAGAACAUUAAGUAAAAGAGUUACAUCUGUGUAUCUUGAAUGGCUCCAGUGGUUGGAGGCAGGCUAAUUAUUGAAAUGAAGUGUCUACUUUUUGGUGCAUUCUAUAUCUUUUUUAUGUAACCACUCUGUAUUCAUGUACUUGCUUCUUGAAUCCAUUCUCUUAUUUCAUAGUUGACAGAAUACACUUAUUUUAUGGCAGCAAAUUGCCCACUAGGAAGUCAGCUGAGUUUUGAGUCAGGUGUGGGCUUUAUUCCAGCUCUGCUGCUUCUUGGCUGUGUAAUCUUGGGCAAAGUAUUUUCUCUGAGACUAGUUCCUUAUUUAUAAAGUGGACGGUAAUAAUAUCAACCAUUCAAGAUUGUUAUGAGGAUGAAAUAGUUUUAUAGUGCACCCACUUAGCUCCUGGCACACAGCAGAGCCUAGAUAAAUGUUUUCUUCUUCUACACAAUUUAAAUUAGUCUUAUAAUUAAUGUGGUCAUGAUAAUAUGUAAUGUUCUUUGGCAAAUAAGUGUCUAGAUUCAUCUGUUCUAGAGCAUGAGAAAGGGCUUAUAAUUAAGUGUCCUGUUGUGGGAGAAAUGUUUGAAGUAGUCGUAAUGUAUACUCUUAAAAAUCUGUAUGUAUAAAACUCAUAAAUAUUUGGUUUUUUCCUUUAAAAUCAAGUAAAUUAAUCUUUAGAUAUUUUCCAUUACGUAAGUAUUGCAUGAAUACAUUCGGGUUGUGAAAGUGCACAUAUUACAGAUGUAGUCAGUCUCCCCUGGCCUUUGUCCUUUGGUCACUGUCAUUUCUUAGGGGUAAGCGGUGGUGUCAGUUUAAUGUCUCUCCUUUUAGAUGUUUUUUUUCACUUACACAUUAUGGUUUACAUUGUUUCCCAAAGUGAUUUAUUUUCCAGUGAUUAGAACCAUAAUUUAAGCGAUUUCUUCAGGAAGCUUACAAACUUGCUGUAAAUAUCCUCAAGGAAAGGUUUUGUGUGUUUUAAAUAAUACAUCAUUCUUUAUAGGUUGUAAUAGUUUGCUUUUUUAGAAACUCAAUUAUUAGUCUUAGAUCUUUCCAUGAUGGUGAAUCUAAAUAUGUCUUACUCCUUAACUACUGCAUAGAAAUUCAUAGUAUAGCAUAGAUUGCAUUAAUUUUAAAAAAGCAUUUACUGAGAGCUUCCAGUUUGGCCAGGCAUUAGUGCUGGGGCUGAAACCAUACAUGGCAAGUAAAGGCCAGGUUCUCAUACUGCUUACAUUCUGGUGGAGGGACUUAAAACAAUGAGAAAAUAGGAGGCAGCCCUAAGAAGGCUGAUAAAGAUCAGCUUUAGAUUGAGUGGUCAUGGAAAGCUUCCCUGAGGAGAGGUGGCUUCUUGAGAACGGACUUAAAGGAGUGGUUCAUGUAGAGUAGGGGAGAAGGUUCUACACAGAGGGGGCAAGUAGUGGAGAGGCCCUUUAGGUGGGAACCAGCAUAGGGUGUUGGAAGACCAGGGAGAAGGCGAGGGUGGCGGGAGGUUAGAAAUCCAGAGUGUGAGGUGGAAUUGGAGUUGUGACCAAGGCCAGGCUUGUUGCUCCUUAUAGGACCGAGCAAAACAUCCGGAUUCUUCUGAAUGCCCUGGGAAGUGGCUCAGGGCUUUUAGUUGCAGAAGUGAGCUGGAUGUGAUUGCUUUGGCCCAUGAACCAAUUGUUUCUCAUUUGUGAAAUUGUGAACAGUGCUGCAGUCAUCACUGUGCGUGUCUUUCUGCUCUUGUGUCAGAAUGUUUCUCUAGAGUAGAUAGGUAAGGGUGGGAUCACUAGCUUCCAGGAGAUGCACAUUCAGAAAGUUUUACAGAUACUGAUAAAUUGUCCUUCCAAAUGGCUGUACCUUUUUGCCUUUAUAGAGCAGUGUAUGAAACUACCCAUUUUUCUAAUCCUAGCUAACACAUUUUAACCUUUGCCAAUCUGGGUGGAAUGACCUCUCACUGUUUAAUUUAGACUUUAUACUGUAUUUUUACGUUGUUUAUAUAUUCUUUUAAAGAUGCAUUGUCCUGUUCUUCAUUCUGAUUUUUCCCAAAAGGAAAUAUUUUUCAGUGAUUAGAGCCAUUAUCAGUUUAACCUGCACAUCAAAGGACUUUGGAACAUGCCAUAGAUAGCCUCGAGAGAAAAUUUUAUUUUUAUAAUGCAAAUCUAUAACUCAUUAACUAAAUAACAUGUUUUGUUAUUCUGCUAACUAUAGAAAAUUUGCAGCUUAUUGGUGAUAACAAUGAUAAUCAAGUUUAGGCAUAGUUCAUCUAAAACGUUAUAGUUUACUGAGUAAUACAGGAUAAAUUACUAAAUUUCUCUGAGCCUUUGCCUCCUUAUUUAUAAAAUGGAGAUAAAACACAGAUCCCUCUGGGUUGUUCCAGGGAUUAAAUUUAAAGCACCCUGAAUAUAGAGUAUCAGUAAAUGUGAAUUCUCCUUUUCCAGCAAAACUUGAUAAAAAAUUCAAGCUUCUGCGUACCUUCUUAAAACAAAUAGUUCUUUCCUAGGCUUUUUCCAGCUUUUAGUGAAAGGGGCAAGUGCAUUGGUACUGAGUUUAAGAUUGUUGUAGGAAGGGUCAGCACGGGGUGAGAGGGGAGACCAGAAGAUGGAAAGGCUCUGUAAUUCCUAGAUCGUAAAGCUUGAAGGGAACUGUCAACAAAAUAGAGUUAAAAAGGCUUUUAAACAUUUAUGGACUGACUUGCUUGCUACAAAUUGAAUAAUUGUCUCAUUUGGAUUACAUGCUAGGAUAGGUGGGAAAACUAUCUUUUUAGAUUGCUUUGAAAUGGCUUUCCCAGUUCUAGAAAUGCCAUACAUUGUGGAGGUGAUGUUGAAAGAAGUGAAUUCUGCCUUUGAAUGUCUAGCAAUUUGCCCUACUUUGAUGAAAAAGAAAGAUAGGCUAGGUUUUUUUUGCUCAGAAUUAGUCUUAAUAUUAGAAUCAACUUUAACUCUUGAUGACCAACUUGCCUUUAAUUUUCAGAGUAAAAUGGAGCGAAAUCAUCCUUUCUUUGGAUUAGUUUAGGAAGGUUGGUUUUUCAAACUAGGAUGCAUUUUUGUGAGCUCCUGAUAGUUUUAUUCAGGAAAAAACUUACUCAGAGUUAGGAAAGAAAUAAUCACCAGAUGCCAUCGAAUGCCCACUGUGCUCUAGGCCCCAUGCCAAAUGUUGCAGGAGCCACAAAAUAAGGCUUUUGAUUCGUAAGACAACACUAAAGAAUUGAUGGGACAGACAGUAAGAGUUUUCUUUUUUCUUUCAUAAUGGAGUCUUUCCAAAGCAUUCAAUUUAGUUUUCAUCAAUAUAGCUUUUUGUUUUUACAUGGAUAUAUUUUGUAUAACAAUUUUAUUUAGAUAUAAUUCAUAUACUAUAAAAUUUACCCUUUUAAAGUGUACAUUUCGUGGCUUUAGUAUAUCUACAGGUAGUGGCAACCACUACCUCUGUCACUCCCAGAAGAAACUGUAUCCAUGAGCACUUGCUCCCUGUUUCCUCCUGCAGCUAGCCCCCAGCAGCCACUAAUCUACUUUCUCUGUAGACUUGCCUGUUUGGUCUCCUUGCACUUACCAUAAUAUUUUCAAGGUUAGUCCAUGUUGUAGCAUGUGUCAGCACGUUGUGUCCUUAUUGCUGAAUAAAAUUCUACUUAUAAACCA